AUGCCGCAGGCAGGCGCCACUGUAGCGGCGGUGGCCACGCGCCGUCCGAAGCGCUGGGCGGAUCUCAUCGCCUUCGCCAAGGGCACGCCAGGGACGCUGCUGGUGCCGGUGAAAGCCGGGGAGAAGGUGGAGAGCGACGAGGACCUGAGCGCAGUUUGUGGCGCUGACCUUUUGGCAGAGCUGCCGCAGGUCCUCGAGUGGUUGCUGCGCUGCGGGCGCGAGGCCACUGGACAGGUGACCUUGGGCACCUAUUUGUAUGCGGAUGGUGAGGCCAAUGUGCGCCUCACAGCCGCGGCCGACAGCAUCGUGGAGGCGGUGAGAUCGUUGGAGAAAGAGAAGGUGAGCUUCGCAUACUUGUCCAGCUGCUCCACCUCCACAGCCAUCCCAGAGGAGGCCGUCCAAGCGCAGGAAGCGAAUUUCCAAACGGCCGGCCGAUGGGCAGCGAUGUUCGGUGAGAGACACAGCUGCAAAAAGCUGGAUGGCAAUCGCUUCUUCCUCAGCGCUUUCGAAGUACUGCAAGGGCCCAACUAUGCGUUGGCGCAGAUGAUGCGACAAUGGCGUGCCGCCCUCUUGCACCUUGAAGGCUUUCAAGUUUCAGCACCCAUGGCGCCCAUCUGCCGUACGGAGAGUGUGGUUCACAAUGCGACCAUGGCCGUCUUGCUGGAGGGCCUGGCCCACUUCCCCCCGCAGGAGAGCUACGACGCGCCCACCGGGCGUCAGGCGAUGCUGGCGAUUCUGCUCUCCGAUUUGGCGGAGCCGGCACCCAAACUGAGCAAUCCACUGUUGAUCGUGACCCGAAAGGCUUUUCACUCGGGGAUUUGGCGCACGCCCUUUGUGAUGGCCUCGUUGGGAAAGACCACCUGGUUCUUGGGGAAAGUCGCGCCCUAUCAAGCGUGCAUCGCGAAAGAUGAGUUUGCAGGUGAACAGCUGCAAGUGAUUGGCCAGAAGUACUUGCGUCGCUUCCAAAUGCUUGAGAAGAGCCGGGUGCGUGAGCUGCUUGCUCCGGGCAGCCUGGAGAUCAUGUCCAUCGCCACCUACCGUGUGAUCACGGCCAUGGGUGGGAAGGCUGAUGCGCUGACUCUGCAGGAGGUGAAGCAUGAGAAUUCGGAGCAUCAGGCGGCUGGCAUGUCUCCGGAUCAGGUCCUGUGGCAAAAGCUCCUCGACACCUUGCGCCGUGACGAGCGCUGUCGCGAGCGCCGCGAACGCGCGGAGGACGCGCUGGGCAAGGCGUUCUUGACGGUCUCCGAAGACACGGAUCCCGAGUAUCCGCCCUACCUGAAGAGCCUUAAUGCUGAAUCGUCCACACAGGAUUUCCGCAGGCAUGGCAUCACGGUACAAGAUGCGAUUGCCCGCUUGGUCCAGCACUGCGAAGCAAAUCUGCAAGACCUGUCAAGCCUACGGCGUACCAUGAGGAUCCUGCUCGCGAUGAUCCGAGUGGGCCGUCGCGGUGAGCUGCAACGUGAGGAUUUGCAGUUCGGGAAGAUCCAGGUGGUUUUCUCCAAAGCUGGCGUCAGCAAACUUCUUGUGAAGGUGCUCAACGAACACCGCGUCAAGGACGUGCAGCAGCUUUGUUGGAACCUGCUGGGGGAGCUCUUAAAAGGCACCGGACAGGAUGGCGAUCCCAAGCUCAACAAGGAUGUGCAGUUUGACUUUCACCAAGCCAUGUCCUCCAGCAACGAUGACGUGGGCAUGUGGGAGUCCUUCCACGAGCUCCUGUCCAACGCUGGGCGCACGGCCAAGUUCGUCCACCGCUUGCGCACCUUACCAGUGCUCACCGCAAUCGAGAAGGCACAGCUGGCAGAGUUCAAUGAGACCCUGGAGCAAGCAGCGGCUGCAAUGGAGGCCACACGGCUUUUGGUGGAAGGGCACUUUCAGGAGAUGCAGGACUACCUCUUCUCACAGGAGGGCAACACGCGCUCCUUUAAUGUCCCAGGCCUUUGCAGCUGGUUGCUGUCUCGCUUGUGCAAGGACGCGCAGGGCACCAACUAUGCUUCCCUGAGCGAGCUGAAGUGCGUGAAGUCCGCCUUGACCUUGCUCACGGAAUUGGCGCAAGGGCCAAACUUGCGGAACCAGGAGUUCCUCAGCAAUAUGGGCCUCAUCGAGUUGGUGUUCAAGUUGCUGGGCGUGAACUUCGAGCAGCUCCAGCAACGGGACCCCACGAAGGGACCGCAUGAGGACCGCCAUCCACAUCACAGGUCCGCCCAAAUCCGGUUUUCAGUGCCAUGGAUCGGUCGUGGACGUAUUUGGAAGGCCCAGGCGACGACUACGACACAAGGAGUAUGCGGAGUAGAUCGAGUUCAAGCAUUCGGCGCUCGGAGCUGGACCGCCGGCACCGGCGCGACCGCAGCGUUCCCCGGGCACGUGCAUGGGAUGAGUUGCCGCGUAGUUCAUCCCUGA